GUCAUUUACUUCGUUUUCAAAUUUGACAGGCAUCUAAACCAAUGCAAACGGCUUUGUUUGUGCUAAGAAAACGUUACAAAGGCCGAAGGUGUUCUUUUUGUGGUAGAAAAUAGCUCAAAAACAAUUUUAUUUUAAGCAGAAUUGUAUAGAACAUUCGUUAAUUGAUAUUGUGAACAGGAUAAGCAUAGUAGACUUUUCACUCGUUGAAAUAUGGAUGCAUUUACUGAGAACAUUUUAGCUCGAGCUAGAGAACGCCAGAGGCUGCUGCAAGGCGCUCCUAAUGCAAAGGUGUCCCCAUUACGUGAAAGCAAUAAGAAUGCAGUAUCUGAGCCUGAUCUGACUGAAGUUAAGAAGAUACCACCAAGAGAAAGUGCUUCUGAAAGUAGUAUUCCUUACAAGCUGUCUCAGGCGAAGGAAGGAACUUUGGAAGGCUAUUUUCCAAGUCAUAAUUCAAUAACGCUGGUGUGUUCUGAACUUCAAGGCUCACCCGGUCAACAGACCAAAACUUUGAAUAUUCAAAGGGACAGUUUCAACAUGGAAAUUAAAGUAAAUAGUGCCGAUAAUGUUCGGCUGGAGGUUGCCAUUGAGGAAUGUAGCGACGAUGGAAAUAAUGGGAGUAAUGAGAAUUUUGGGUUGAGGGAAGAGUCUAAACACAGACUGAAAAGGCUGGGAAAACUGUAUGCAGGUGGAGAUGAAGCAGAUAUAUCUUCUCCUAUUCACCGAACAGAGGCAAAAUUUUACGAAAGCAUAGCGAAUGAUAGAGAAAAAGACAAUCCCAGGCGAUAUGAAAAGCCUAAGAAAGGCCUUAACAAACUAGCGGAGCUGGCAAACAAUAUAAAUCAAUGGGAAGACGAUUUGAGUCAUCAUGGCUUUUCAACUGAACAUAUACAGUCUCCAACAAAGAAAAACCUGAAGGCUCCAGCACCUCAACCGCCGAUCGAACGAGGGAAUCUCUCUCCGACAAAAUGUUCUCCCGUUAAGUUCCGAAAGGCCAAAGCCCCAAGCCCACCCAAUAAUAAUUUUACGAACGAUCAAAAAUCUUCUGCUGUUUGGAAGAGUCCAGGCAAAGAAGUACUAACUAGUCAAAACUCUGCUUCAGAAACAACGCAAAGUGCUAUUAAGUGUUUCUUAAAUAAUCCAGAAUCAGGACAGGCUGGAGGAGUUAAAAAGCCGUCUAACAGUGAGGCUACACCGAAACGUAUUAGCUGGGACAAAAAAGUAUUGGAUAGUUUGGAAUCACAAGGCUUUAGCAGGACGCAAUCCUCUUCGCGAUUAGUUUACGCGUAUAAUUCACAGAAUUCUACAAGAAAUGACGCCCAAGUCAAAUCCGAUGCGCAGUUCAAAGAGCAAGGCAACAUUCCAGAUGAGUCAUCUGAAAAAUUACUUCCCGGUAAACAUUUUGAAAACGAUGAUAAAUAUUUAGAGCAAAAUAAGAAAACUAACACGCCAGAUUAUGUAUCAAAUACUUUCAAAUCAGGAGCAAUAGCAAAUAGAGCCGCCAUGUUCGAGCAGAAGGCUCAUGAAACGUCGGUUAAGCCCCAAAAAGACCCGGCUCUUUUAAGUUUAGCCGAUCGCAAAGCACUGUUUGAAAAGAACAAGGGUGAGGCAUUGGUUCCGAAGGCUGCUUUCGGUAUGUCCGCUCCAGUGAAAGUUGACACCACCACUAAAGCUUGCGAAAGCAAGUUCAUUGGAAUUGUGAAGAAUAAAGAAAAUGUCGUGCAAAUUCAAAGGAACAGAAUUGAAGCCAAUAAAGGUCCGAUUAUUGUAUCGGAAACGGUGAAAGCACAACAGCCCUCUAAACCGAACUAUGCAGCAUCCAGAUCGAAAACGAAGUCCACACCACCGCCACCUCCACCAGCGCAGCAGUUUAAGGCAGCGACAUCUUCUACUUCGAAAGUUGCUUCAAUAGCUUCGGUCACUGUGCCCACUGUGGCAGCUGUUUACCAGGCAGGAGGAAUAGCCAGCAAAAUGGCAGCGUUACUAGAGAACAAAAACAAAGCCACUAUAUCUGAAGAACAGAUCGCUAACAAAAUGAAGCAGGAACGUCAAAAGGAGCUUGAUAUGCUCUUGAAUCGUUUCAAUCAGAAUAAGCAGGGUUUAAAUGAGGGAAGUGACGUCCAAAGUUACAAUUACGAAAGAAGUGCAUCGGAAUCAUCUGACGAUGACGAAGUUGAUGAACGCACAGCUAUGAUUAAAGAAACGGUCACUGUUCAAAUUGAAAGCUCACAGUCACGAAAAUCAGCUGAGAAGAGGAAAAGUGGCAGUCGCCUAUCAAAUGGAAAUGAUAGUCCUCAAGUCGCAUCAGUUCUUGACGAAGUAAAGCGAAUUAAAGUGUCUCCGCCGAAAGCCGGCCGACUGUACCCAUGUUUGUCAGACAUUGAGGCCACUACAACUGAUCAGGACACGAGGACACCAACGCCCAACGAAGAAAACAGUUUUGGAGAGAACAACUGUGACUCAGAUGAUCCAAACACUAGUUUUGGAAGAGACAUUAUACAGGCUGUUUGCAAGAACAUUACGCCAUCAAAAAAAGUUACAUAUAAGGAGUGCUCUUCCAGUAGUGAAAAUUCAUGCGUCAUUGAUGAAUUGGAUGAAAUUUUGGAGGAAAUGGAAGAAGAUAGUAGUGCGGGGCCAACUCCUCCUAAACAUGGCAGACAUAUUUCUCCAAACCGCACCAAACCGCAACCUUCCAAUUCAUUUCACUACAAGAGCUUCAAUUCAAGUUCAUCUUCGCCACCAUCAGCACAAAAAUCGAAGUUUCAAUCCCCGAACAAGUCGAUCAUUUCUCCAAGACAAUCAACAGAGCUUCCGUUGAUUGUCGAUGGGGAACAGGUCUUGCCAUUAACACAUACCGUUAGCUUUUAUAGAAAACAGCAAAACGAGGUACACACCCCGAUUAGACAUAUUAUUAGGCAACCUGUGAUUGAAGAAGAUAUUGGCAGUGUUGAAGAGGAUAAAGUGCAAAAGAAAAUGGAACUUUUGCAGCAAGAGGUGAACAGGCAGCAGAAUAUCAUUGCUCAAACCAGCCAAGCUCUAAAUCUUUGCAGCAGUACUCCUGAAUUUUCAGGAUCUACUGAACAAGUUGAAGCUGAACGAGUGCUUCUUGUAGCAAGUCAUCGGCGGCAAGCGGCGUUACAUGAGCUGCAAAGACUAAAAGUGGAAGGUAACAUCAGGCCAAUGGGGAAACAUUCGGAAAAUGUACCACUUGAAAAGGGAACUUUGACCAUUUCUAACAUAGUGCUACCUAUGAAGCAGAAAUACGUUACAGCUUUGGCAGCAGCAGGAGGAAAGGGCCAUCAUGUAGUCUGCCUUAUAAAAUGUUGCGAAAAUGUAGUCCCGACCAAACUAGUUUCAACAGUCGCUAAUGCUAGUAACCCAGACGUGGACUUAUAUAUUCCGGGUUCUGUAACAUUAAAUGACAUCUACAGCGACUUUACAUUGACCUUUGAAGUGUACUGUUUACAAGCUCAAGAAGAAUGUCUUCCUCAUGACGUCAAAUACCAUAUUAAUAAAAAGUCCUCAAAAGGUCUUGUUACCCCUAAGAAAGGCAAACAUGACUCUAGACUGUUAAUGCCGCCAAAAGAGUCUCCUGGUGGACCUCAGGCUGUUCGGACUUCUUCAUUUGCGCUAAUGGGAUAUGUAAUAUUCUCAAUACAAGCAGUUAGCAAGCGCGUUUGGAGUUUAAAUAAUACACCAGCAAUGAGUCCACUUGAAGGAAGUGUAGAAAUGAAAAUCACAUGUGAAUUAGCUGUCUCUGUGGAGCAUAGGGGGUUCCUUACGAUGUUCGAAGAUAUAUCUGGUUUUGGAGCCUGGCAUAGAAGGUGGUGUUUGUUGAAAGGGAACACUUUUAGCUAUUGGAAAUAUCCCGAUGAUGAGAGAAAAAUGGCUCCAAUUGAUACAAUAGAUCUGACAACUUGUAUAACCAAACAAGUGGCUCCGGUUAGCAGAGACAUUUGCGCCCGAUUACAUACAUUUUUGUUAGAACGAGAAAGGCCUGCAUGUGCCCAAGAUAAAGACACAUUGGUUAUAGUAAGAAAAGGCGACAAAACAAUCAUAAGGCAUUUGUUAUCAGCAGAUACAAAAGAAGAAAGGAUUUUAUGGUGUACCAAAUUGAACUCAGCUUUAAUCGCGUUACGAAUGUGGGGUAGUACCCAAUAAAAAUGAUUUCAUAAAUUAUUUUAUCUAACAUAAGAGACAAUUUAUAGCUUGCACUUAUUUAAUAUCAGCUUUUAUUUUAGCAUCAACAAACAACCGUUACAAAAUAUUGGUAACUUAAUAGUAUUUUGCUUCCUUAAUAAGAAUUACUUGGUGCAUUUCUUUAUAAAUAUUGGUAAUAAUACCAAAAUGAAACUGGAAAACAGAUUUUUUAAAUGUGAAUUUUUCAGUGGAAAGAAUUAAGAGGCAAUAUGGAAUUUGAACACAUUUGACACAAUAUGUGUAAUACACUUAUUUAAUAAUAUCCAGUACUAUUUUAGUGUUUGUUUCUAACAAAGUGAGCAUGUUAAUAUUUUAUACUUUUAUAAGUUUAUUUUUUUAAUUAAUUGUGUUAAUAACAAGAUCUAUGUUUUAUGAUUUAGCACUAAUAUCUUCGCAAAUUUAUCAGUUUAAUUAUACAGGGUCUCUAUAAUAAAUGAUUCAAAGGUAAACCACAUAUUCUUGAAACAAUACCCCUGAGGCUUAGUCUAACUACUUACAUAUAGACAAAAGUUGAUAAUAAUCGAAUCAUUGGAGAAAUGAAUAAGUUAAUUUUUUUGAAGUAGUUUUCUGUUAAUAAUUUGUGGAAAUUAAUAUUUCGGAAGGGAACUUCGACGCUCUAUAAUUCGGUUAUUUUCAACUCUUGAAUCAAGGAAAGUUAAGUUAAACUUUGGUGUUUUUCAUAUAGGAAUCUGUGGCUUAGCGUUGUACGAUUAAUUAUGAGGCAUCCAGUAUAUUAUAGUUAUAAAUAACAUUGAGGCCAUAUUCAUACCUAAUGUGUGUCAGUAAAUAAUUGUACUUGUCUAAGA